AUGGUCAACGCUGGUCAAGCCCCAUUCAGUGUUGUUCAAGCAAUGGUCAACGCUGGUCAAGCACCAGCCAACGCUGUUCAAGCGCUGGUCAACUCCAGUCAAGCACCAUUCACUGUUGGUCAAGCACUAGUCAACGCUGGUCAAGCAUCAUUCAACGCUGGUCAAGCACCAUUCAAUGCUGGUCAAGCACCAUUCAAUGCUGGUCAAGCACCAUUCAACGCUGGUCUAUGGGCUGCUAAUGCAGGUGGAGGGGUGGGCCAAGGCAGAGCAGGGGGAGGAGGGGUAUGGAGGGACGCAGCAAUCCUGGGGCUGCUGCUGAAGCUGCUGCAAGGCCAGACGAAGGAAACAGGUGGGGCUGUGGCGAGGGGACAGGGGGAAAAUGGCGGGCAAAGAGCAGAGCAGGGAGGGCAGCAGGGAGGGCAGCAGGGAGGGCAGCAGGGAGGGGAACAGGGAGGGGGGCAAGGAGGGAAUCGGGGAGGGAAUCAGGGAGGGAAUCAGGGAGCGGAUGAGAGAGUCAGCUUGCCGGGAGAAAGUGGCAGUGGAGGGGGGCACUUCACUCUGUCGCACCGCUGUGUGGCGGACGGGCUGGCAGGGCAGUGCAGCCUCUGCAGCAUCGUUGCCAAUUUCGCCAAAAUGGUGGGCGCCCAGGGUGGCCUGAUGGGGGUUGCUGCUGGGGGAGGAGUGCCCGCAGCUAGCAAUCUGAUGGGGAGUGGUGGUGGGGAAGCGGUGGCUGUGCCGAGUGAAGGAGGAGGGGGUGGUGGGGGAGAUGUACGCAUGUCAGGAGGACGAGGGGGGAGUGGUGGUAGAGGGGAGGAGGGGGUGGUCGUUGAGGUUGAAGGGGGUGGGGCGGGAGAGACGGGAGAGGUGAGAGAGACGGGAGAGGUGAGAGAGACGGGAGAGGUUCGAGAGACGGGAGGUGCGAGAGACAGGAGAGAGACGGGAGAGGUGCAAGAGACGGGAGAGGUGCGAGAGACGGGAGAGGUUCGAGAGACAGGAGAGGUGCGAGAGACGGGAGAGGUUCGAGAGACGGGAGAGGUGCGAGAGACGGGAGAGGUGCGAGAGACGGGAGAGGUGCGAGAGACGGGAGAGGUGCGAGAGACAGGAGAGGUGAGAGAGACGGGAGAGGUGCCAGAGACAGGAGAGAAGGAGGGGGGAAUGGGGGAGGGGGGGGGUGGGGACGGAGGGGGUGGUGGAGAGGAACGGAGGGUUGGAGAAGGAGGGGAGGGUGGAGGGUUGGGCGGCACAGAUUGGUUGGGCGGCAUGGCAGGGCUGCAGCUGCUGGGGCAUCGCGUGCAGGAGUUUGUUAGAAGAGAGAGCCUGGGAGCAGUCAACGCAAGUCAACAGAUGGCCAGCACUGGUCAACAGGCAGUGUAUGUUGGUCAAGUGGCAGUCAAUGCUGGUCAAGGGGUAGUGAACAUGCGCCAAUCAGCAGUGAAUCAAGGUCCAUUGGAAAGUGUGGGUGCAGGCGAAGGGGCAGUCAACGCUGGUCAAGCAGCAGUCAACGCAGGUCAAGGGGCAGUGAACGCAGGUCAAGGGGCAGUGAACGCAGGCAAUCCAAUUCAAGCAGCAGGCAAUCCAAUUCAAGCAGCAGGCAAUCCAAUUCAAGCAGCAGGCAAUCCAAUUCAAGCAGCAGGCAAUCCAAUUCAAGCAGCAGGCAAUCCAAUUCAAGCAGUAGUCAAUCCAAUUCUAGCAGUAGUCAAUCCAAUUCAAGCAGCAGUCUAUGUGGCAAGUCAACUUGUGGCCAAUGCGGAUCCAAGGAGGAGAGUGGCAGCGAAUCAGGUGGAGACAGCUGUCGGUCAACGAGGGGAUCUAGCAAGAGGAGGAGUGGGAGGAGUGGAAGGAAGAGGAGGGGCUUGGAGGGACGCAACGAUCAUGGGACUGCUGCAGCCGCUGCUGCAAGGCCGGGCGAAGGAAAGGGGUGGGGCUGUGGCGAGGGGACAGGGGGAGGCCGGCGGACAAGGAGGGGAGCAGGGAGGGCAGCAACGAGGGGAGCAGGGAGGGAAAAAGGGAGGGAAUAAGGGAGGGGAUGUGAGAGUGGGGACGGUCAGCAUGCCGGGGGGAAGCGGCAGCGAAGGGGGCUACUUCACGGUGUCACACUGCUGUGUGGCGGACGGGCCGGCAGGGCAGUGCAGCCUGUGCAGCAUCAUGGCCGAUUUUGUGAGAGUUGUGGGCGCCUAUGGUGGCCUGGGGGGGGUUGCUGCUGGGGUAGGAGUGCCCGCAGCAAGUGACGUGAGGGGAAGUGGUGGUGGGGAAGCGGCCGUGCCAAGCAAUGGUGGAAGUGGUGGUGGGGAAGCGGUGGCUGUGGCGAGUGAAGGAGGAGGGGGUGAUGUGGGAGAGUUGCGCUUGUCGGUUGGGGGAGGGGGGGGUGGUGGUGGAGGGGCAGAGGGGAUGGGGGUUUCGGGUGAGGGGGGGGAGGUGAGGGCAGAGGUGGGUGGAGAGGGACGGGGGGGUGGAGAAGGAGGAGGGAGUGGAGAAGGAAGGGGGGACAGAGAGGGACAGGGGGAUAAAGAUGAAGGUCAAGGGGCGGCCAGUGCAGGUCAAGGAGCGGCUUUGUGUGGAGGGAAGGAUUUGAGUUCACGGGAGGAUGUGCACGGUGCUCGGGAAACGAGUGAGGGCGAGGGGUUGAGUGAGGGGAGGGGAAGCGUGUGUGUGAAUGAUGGGGUUAUCGUGCUGAAGGAGGGAGAUGUGAUUAUGGGGGAGGCAGGUACUUCUGAGGAGGAAGCGGAUGUGACUAUGGGGAAAGCGGACAUGAGUGCGAUGGGAGGGGACCUCAUUAUGGGGGAAGGGACAACAACUGUGACGGGUGGGGACAUCAAUGGAACAGAAGGAGAGUCGAGUGGGAAGGAGGGAGAAGCGAGUGGGAAGGAGGGAGAGACGAGUGGGAAGGAGGGAGAAACGAGUGGGAAGGAGGGAGAGACGAGUGGGAAGGAGGGAGAAACGAGUGGGAAGGAGGGCGAGAGAAGUGGGAAGGAGGGAGAGAGGAGUGGGAAGGAGGGAAAGACGAGUGGGAAGGAGGGAGAGACGAGUGGGAAGGAGGGAGAGACGAGUGGGACAGAGGGAGAGGCGAGUGGGAAGGAGGGAGAGUCGAGUGGGAAGGAGGGAGAGAGAUUUGGGAAGGAGGGAGAGAGGUGUGGGACAGAGGGAGAGACGAGUGGGAAGGAGGGAGAGAGAAGUGGGAAGGAGGGAGAGAGGAGUGGGACAGAGGGAGAGAGGAGUGGGAAGGAGGGAGAGACGAGUGGGAAGGAGGGAGAAACGAGUGGGAAGGAGGGAGAGACGAGUGGGAAGGAGGGAGAGAGGAGCGGGAGGGAGGGAGAGGCGAGUGGGAAAGAGGGAGAGACGAGUGGGAAGGAGGGAGAGAUGAGUGGGAAGGAGGGAGAGAGGAGUGGGAGGGAGGGAGAGGCGAGUGGGAAAGAGGGAGAGACGAGUGGGAAGGAGGGAGGCACGAGUGGGAAGGAGGGAGAUACGAGUGGAAAGGAAGGGGAAACGAGUAGGAAGGAGGAGGAAGAUGCUAUGGGAAAAGGAGAUAUGAGUGCAACGGAAGGAGAGAAGGAAGGAGGCAUGAGGUCAGGGGAAGGCGAGGGAGCAGUCAAUGGGAGUCAAGGAGCAGUCAAUGGGAGUCAAGGAGCAGUCAAUGGGAGUCAAGGAGCAGUCAAUGGGAGUCAGGGAGCAGUCAAUGGGAGUCAGGGAGCAGUCAAUGGGAGUCAAGGAGCAGUCAAUGGGAGUCAAGGAGCAGUCAAUGGGAGUCAAGAGCAGUCAAUGGGAGUCAAGGAGCAGUCAAUGGGAGUCAGGGAGCAGUCAAUGGGAGUCAGGGAGCAGUCAAUGGGAGUCAAGGAGCAGUCAAUGAGAGUCAGGGAGCAGUCAAUGGGAGUCAAGGAGCAGUCAAUGGGAGUCAAGGAGCAGUCAAUGGGAGUCAAGGCGCAGUCAAUGGGAGUCAGGGAGCAAUCAAUGGGAGUCAAGGAGCAGUCAAUGGGAGUCAAGGCGCAGUCAAUGGGAGUCAAGGCGCAGUCAGUGGGAGUCAAGGCGCAGUCAAUGGGAGUCAAGGCACAGUCAGUGGGAGUCAAGGCGCAGUCAAUGGGAGUUAAGGCGCUGUCAACAAGGAUCAAGGCGUGGAGGGUGCAAGUCAAAAGAUUAACAAGUGAUGGUCAAAUGGCAGUCAGCAAAGGUCAAUGCGCAGUCAACGGUGGUCAAGAAGCAAAUAGCGAGGGUGAGAGUCGGGGCAUGCUCAAUGAGCGUUCAGCAGAAGACCAUGCAAGUCAGACACAGGAGGGUGGAGGUGAAGUGAAGGGGGCAGGGGGUGAAAGGGAAGCAAGGGCAGAUCAAACAGACCGAUGUGGUGUGGAUGGGUUGGAGGAGGUGGAGUGGGAAGACGAGGCAGGCACAGACUGA